AUGAGUGAUGAUCAAGCCGGGGCCAAUGAUGAAAAAGCUGUUGCCAAACACCAGGUCGUUGCCUACACGCAGAGGUCGCAGGUCAAGCACGAGAACCGGCACAUCCAGCUGGUGCGUGAGUACGGCUUCCACCCACGCACCAAAGCCUCCGUGGAGGAUGGGGAUGUGCUGCCGCGAAAAUUUGAGCCCUUUCCGGAGGAUAUGUACGGCAAGCCGCUUGAGGAGAUUGACACCUUCAUAUACGAGGAGACAUUCUGUGUGGUUUCGAAACGCUUCCGCAAGAACUACAUCCAUCGUUUCACAGGCACCAAGAGCUUAUUUCUCUUCUAUCCAUGGAGUCCAGCGCGGCGCGUGUGCGUCUAUAUCGCAACGAACCAAUUCUUCGACUACUGCGUCAUGGCCACCAUUCUGUUCAACUGCAUUUUCCUAGCCAUGACCGAGACGGUGGAGGAGGCUGAGUACAUCUUUUUGGCCAUUUACUCCAUCGAAAUGGUAAUCAAAAUCAUUGCCAAAGGCUUUCUGCUCAACAAGUACACCUAUCUGCGCAACCCAUGGAAUUGGCUGGACUUUGUGGUCAUAACUAGUGGCUAUGCCACCAUUGGUAUGGAGGUUGGCAACCUGGCGGGGCUGCGUACGUUUCGCGUGCUGCGCGCCCUCAAGACGGUUUCCAUCAUGCCCGGACUGAAGACAAUUAUAAAUGCGUUGCUUCACUCCUUCCGUCAACUGGCAGAGGUCAUGACACUCACCAUCUUCUGCCUGAUGGUCUUUGCCCUCUUCGCACUGCAGGUCUAUAUGGGCGAGCUGCGCAACAAGUGUGUGCGUCAGGUGCCCUCCGAGUGGACCAACGUCUCCCAUCUCGACUGGCAUAUGUGGGUCAACGACACGGACAACUGGCUGUAUGACGAUGAGGAGAUGCCCAUGCUUUGUGGCAACCUGACUGGCGCCCGUCACUGCCCCCUCGGCUAUGUGUGCAUCUGCGUCGGCGAGAAUCCCAAUCAUGGCUACACCAACUUCGACAAUUUCAUGUGGUCCAUGCUAACGACCUUUCAGCUGAUUACAUUGGACUAUUGGGAGAACGUCUACAAUAUGGUGCUGGCAACUUGUGGUCCCAUGAGUGUCACAUUUUUUACGGUGGUUGUGUUUUUUGGCUCAUUUUACUUGAUUAACCUGAUGCUAGCCGUAGUCGCGUUGAGUUACGAGGAGGAGGCGGAGAUAACAAACGAGGAGCGGAAAAAGGACUUGCUGGACCAUCGCGAUGAUUCCACGUUCAGCUUUGAUCCGUCCGUGUUGAAUGUGAAGAAGUUGAACAAGAAUAACAAGAAGAAGAUCGACUCGCGGAAGGGCGUCCUCCUGGCCUCGUACAGCAAGAAGAAGACGCGCCGAAAAAAGACAAAAGGUGGGAAAGAGACUAAUGGCAAUGGCAAUGGGAAUGGCAACGGCAGCAAUGGCCAUGAAAAUGAUGCCAAUAAAUCCCAUUCCGCCACGCCCAGCCCGGGACCAAGUCCACGUCACAGUGCCACAGAGCGUCCAUCCGCCCUCACGCUGCAGGCGCAGAAGCAAUACCAGCAGAUGGAGCAGCAGCAGCAUCAGCAAGCCAAAGAGCCCGCGGCUGCUACUUCCAAGAACCGCAUUAGCUUCCACGAGGAGCCGCAGAAGAACCCUAAUAUGCUGUAUCCCUCGGACUAUAAGGGACAGCUGAUCGCCAGCAGCCGUCAGGCAAGCUCCACCUCAAGCGGCGUUAAUCGCGAAUCCUCGCAGGAUGACUCCGGCGUGGUCGACGAUCACGAGGAGCAGGAUCCGACCCACGAGCUGGGCCACGUGUCCACCGUGGAGCUGGCGCUAUCCCCGCGCGAAGUGCGUCUCAUCAAGUGCAAUGGGAACAUAGCCCGCAUUAAGAAUCACAACGUUUAUGCCCUGCAUCAGGAGUUUUCCUCGGAGGUGGUGGUUAUCGAUGAUCUUCCCGACCGGAACUGCGAUCGUUGUGUCCACUGCUGCGCCGACUACGAGAGCUGGCUGCAGUUCCAGAACUGUCUCUACAAGGUGGUGAGGGAUCCGCUCUUCGAACUGGCCAUCACGCUGUGCAUUGUGCUGAACACAGCCUUCCUGGCCAUGGAGCAUCACGGCAUGAGCGAGAGCUUUCGCAAUGCCCUGGAUGUGGGCAAUAAGGUUUUCACUUCCAUAUUCACCUUUGAGUGCAUUGUUAAGCUGAUGGCCUUGUCCAAGGACUUUUUUCUGUGCGGCUGGAAUAUAUUCGACCUGCUCAUAGUCACGGCCAGUCUGCUGGACAUCAUCUUCGAGCUGGUCGAUGGCCUCAGUGUCUUGAGGGGACUGCGACUGCUGCGUGUGCUGAAACUGGCCCAGUCGUGGACCACAAUGAAGGUGCUGCUGAGCAUUAUCAUAUCGACAAUCGGUGCGCUGGGUAACCUCACGCUGAUCUUGGUCAUAGUCAUCUACAUAUUUGCCGUCAUUGGCAUGCAAUUGUUCUCCAAAGACUACACACCCGAAAAGUUUGACCCAGACCCAGUGCCAAGAUGGAAUUUCAAUGACUUCUUUCACUCAUUCAUGAUGAUCUUUCGCAUAUUGUGCGGGGAAUGGAUCGAACCGCUCUGGGAUUGUAUGCGAGCCGAAGAGGAGCAAGGUGCCUCUACAUGCUUUGCCAUAUUUCUGCCAACAUUGGUCAUGGGAAAUUUUAUGGUGCUCAACUUGUUCUUGGCCUUGUUGCUCAACAGCUUCAAUUCCGAGGAGCUCAAGUCGAAGAAAGAGAUAUUCAAGAAGAAGGAAGUAGGCGAGGAGUCUAAGUUGGCGAGGAGUAUUGAGCGGGUGCGCGAUCUGAUAAGGAAGAAGAGGCAGGAGCGUAAGGAUCGUAAGGAGCGGAAGUUUGCCGAAAAAUUCCAGCAAAUUGUGCUCGAGGCCCAGGCUCAGGCUCACGCUCAAAGUCAGGGGCAGGCACAGCUCCAGGGUAUGGAGAUGGACAAGUCCAAUCUGUUGGCCGAGACCAAGUUCCAUAGACUGAGCUACCAGGAGUCUAUGAAUCGGCCGGUCUCGGGCUCGGAUUUUGGCUUCCAGAUACCCCUGAGGGACGGUCUGCACACAAUUGUCGAUGGGCUCGAGUACGACGAGGCCUCGGAUGUGCCAGAGCAGAUCCAGCUGCAGGACCAGCCACUGCCACCAAUUACAGACUCGCUGCCGCCCACAUACGAGACGGCCAUCAUGUCUACACACAGCAACAACCUGACUCCGUUCGCCCUGGCGGAGCGACGGCUGCAACACCAGAUCUCCUCGGGGGUGAGCACUCAACAGAACGACUCCAGGGACGAGGCCACCUACACGGAGUCGAUCGAGCUGCGCCUUCUGGGCCAGUACAACUCCACGGACACAGAUCCCUAUGCCAACGAUCAGCGGAGCGGCUCCUUUAACCGCGGCGACUCUUUUCAGGACAAUUCCUCGCGGCGCUACGGCAGCGAGGAGCACGACGAGGCCUACCUCAAGUACCAGAAGUCGCUGCUGACCCGCUCACCCAGCUACAGGAAGUCCCUGGACCGGCUAUCCCAGUCCAGCGGCCACUCUCAGCGCUCGCUGCUCAAGUCGGAGGAGGCCGAGAUGCGAAGGCACUCGAGUGGCCACUCCCUGAACUCCAUAUCGAUUGAGCAGGACGAGCUGCUCUCGCAGCAGGGGGGGAAUCUGCGCGAGGAGCUGCUCAAUUGCGAACAGAAGGAGCUCUUUCAGUUCCUGCAGGAGGACGACGAGAUGCCAAAGUCCAAUCUUAGCUACAUCUCGUCGAACCCAAUGCGCUCGCGCCGAUCCUCCAGUCAGGGACAGCAAGAGAGCGAGGCACUGGCGGAGCACUCGGAGUUCGAUAACAUCAUCCAGAGCUUCGAGAAGGAGCUGGAGGAGAUCAAGCGCUCGACCACCUCGCUGGAGCGUAAGCUCUCCACCCUAUCGGAGCCCUCGCCGGCAGCCGACGAGGCCACCAAAGCGAUCAUGGAGCACAUUGCCAUCAUUACGGGCGCCUCAGAGCGCACGGCCGCCGAUGAGGUAGUGCAUCCACUCAAUCCCUAUGACAGCUACGACCUGUCCAGCGUGCCGAGACGCUCCCAAUCCGUCAGCUCCGCCGCCCAGCGCCAGUCCGUGAAGAUUAAGCGUCGCAGCCUGGAGAAGCAGCGCAAGAUCGACGAGGACUUUAGCAUAUCGAAUGAAAUACGCAAAAUCUGUGAUCAAAUCCAUGCGCCCUUCGUGGCCAUGGAGGCCAUGGCAGUGGCAGCCACCAGUCAAGGUCCGGGCGCCAGCCAGUCGCCCUUUACGCGCCGCAAGAUCGACCCGUUCACGGUACAGUUCGAUCGCUUCAAGCGGCUCUCGCUGAUCGAGCGGCUGGAGGAGCUGCCGGAGGAGGAAAAGCCAAUCUCCACGCUACGCAUCGAGUCGGAAAAGAUGCCGCGCAAGUUUCACAACAGCGACAGUCUGCGCCUCGACAGUCUAUCGCUUAAGAGCACCAACUCGUACGAGAAUCUGCUCAUCCAGAAGCAGAAGCUCGUGCUUCCAUUGUCCACUGGCGUACCCGCCACGCCACCCACCUCCUUGAAGUCGAGCAUUGAGCCACCGACACUGGCGCAAAUUUCAUCGCUAAAGGCCACGCCCACGCCCCCGCUGGCCGCCCUCACCGAGCACCAACAGCACUUUCAUGCCACGAGCAUCCAAGCGGCCCCCUCUCAUGGUCACGGCCAAGGGCACACCCAUGGGUCUGGCCACAGUCGCAGUCACGGACAUGGCCAUGGCCAUGGCCACUCACAAGCACACCCAACGGCUGGGCAGAGGCGACGCCCCAUGGAGCAUCCACAAUCGACUUUAGACAAAGCCGCUUCCUUCCAGUCCGCGCGCACCGAGUCGCACAGCUCGGGCGCCGCCGACUCCAGCUCGGCCCUGGCCCUGGCUCUCGCCCACACCCACAAGACUGAGCAAUCCGAUCAGCCGGAGAAGGCGGCACAGAAGCCGUCGGCAUUCACACGACUGACCGAAAAACCAUGGCAUUGUUUGGUUUCCUACGUAGACGACCUCACUGUCGGUGGGAGACGUAACUCGCAGGGCGCUUACAAUGAUCCCAUGACUUUUCCGAGCUACGGGCAGGCGAAGCCGCCGAAGGUGCCAGAUGACUGCUUCCCCCAGAAGUGCUACGAUCACUUCUACUUCCGCUGCCCUUGGUUUAUGUCCUGCAUGGACACGCCGAGCGCCAAGCAGUGGACCCGCGUUAGGACGGCUGUCUUGACGGUUGUCGAUACUCCGGCCUUUGAGUGGUUUGUGCUAGUGUUGAUCUUUGCGUCGAGUAUUACGCUCUGCUUCGAGGACAUCUAUCUGGACAGCAACAAGACGCUGAAGCGUGUGCUCUACUGGACCAACUUCUCCUUCUGCCUGAUCUUCGUGGUGGAAAUGAUACUCAAGUGGCUGGCGCUGGGCUUCUCCAAGUACUUCACGAGCUUCUGGACUAUACUUGACUUUAUCAUAGUGUUUGUAUCGGUUUUCUCGCUGCUCAUUGAAGAGAAUGAGAACCUGAAGGUUCUGCGCUCGUUGCGGACCCUGCGUGCCCUGAGACCCCUGAGAGCCAUCUCCCGGUGGCAAGGAAUGCGGAUUGUAGUAAACGCUCUCAUGUAUGCAAUACCAUCAAUUUUCAAUGUACUUUUGGUUUGUUUGGUUUUUUGGUUGAUCUUCUCAAUAAUGGGUGUUCAGUUCUUUGGUGGGAAGUUUUUCAAGUGCGUCAAUGAAAUGGGAGAAUUGCUGCCAGUUACUGAGGUGAACGACAAGUGGGACUGCAUUGAGCAGAACUACACGUGGAUCAACUCGAAGAUCACCUUCGAUCAUGUGGGCAUGGGUUACCUGGCCCUGCUCCAGGUGGCCACCUUCGAGGGCUGGAUGGAGGUGAUGGCGGAUGCCGUGGACGCUCGUGGAGUGGAUCUGCAGCCGCAGCGGGAGGCCAAUCUCUAUGCGUAUAUUUAUUUUGUAAUAUUUAUUGUGUGCGGAUCGUUCUUCACACUCAAUCUGUUCAUUGGAGUUAUCAUUGAUAACUUCAAUAUGCUCAAGAAGAAGUAUGAAGGAGGAGUGUUGGAAAUGUUUCUCACCGAAUCUCAAAAACACUAUUACACGGCUAUGAAAAAAUUGGGACGAAAGAAACCACAGAAAGUUAUUAAGCGACCUAUAAAUCAUUUUUUAGCUAUGUUUUAUGAUUUAUCCAAUUCGAGAAGGUUCGAGAUUGCGAUCUUUGUACUGAUUUUUCUCAACAUGCUUACCAUGGGCAUCGAGCACUACGAUCAACCGCAUGCGGUCUUCUUCAUCCUGGAAGUGAGCAACGCCUUCUUCACCACGGUCUUUGGUCUGGAGGCCAUUGUCAAGAUUGUGGGACUUCGCUAUCAUUACUUCACGGUCCCUUGGAACGUCUUCGACUUCCUGCUGGUGCUGGCCUCCAUCUUCGGCAUUCUGAUGGAGGACAUCAUGAUCGAUCUGCCGAUCAGUCCGACGCUACUGCGCGUCGUGCGAGUGUUCCGUAUAGGGCGCAUCCUGCGCCUGAUAAAAGCGGCCAAGGGUAUACGGAAGCUGCUGUUUGCCCUUGUGGUGUCGCUGCCGGCUCUCUUCAACAUUGGUGCCUUGCUGGGACUGAUUACCUUCAUCUAUGCCAUACUGGGCAUGUCGCUCUUUGGCCACGUGAAGCUGCAGGGCGCCUUGGACGACAUGGUGAACUUCCAGACUUUCGGGCGGAGCAUGCAACUGCUCUUUCGCUUGAUGACGUCGGCCGGAUGGAACGACGUGCUCGAGUCGCUGAUGAUCCAGCCGCCCGACUGCGAUCCCUUCUUCAACCGCCAGACUAAUGGCGACUGCGGCCACCCUCUGCUGGCCAUUACCUACUUUACGAGCUUCAUCAUUAUCAGCUACAUGAUUGUGAUCAACAUGUACAUUGCCAUCAUUCUGGAGAACUUCAACCAGGCGCACCAGGAAGAGGAGAUCGGGAUCGUCGAAGACGACUUGGAGAUGUUUUACAUACGCUGGUCCAAAUAUGAUCCACAUGCCACCCAGUUUAUACACUUCUCGCAACUGUCCGAUUUUAUUGCCUCUCUCGAUCCACCAUUGGGCAUCUCGAAGCCUAAUAAUGUCGCUCUAGUGUCAUUUAAUCUGCCCAUCUCUAAGGGUAAUAAAAUACACUGUCUCGAUAUUUUGCACGCGCUCGUGAAGCACGUGCUAGGUCAUGUCGAGGAGACCGAUAACUUCAAACAGUUGCAGGAACAAAUGGAUGUCAAGUUCAAGAAACAGUUUCCAACGCGCAAAGAAUUGGAAAUUGUUUCGUCGACGCGGAUCUGGAAGCGCCAGGAAAAGGCGGCCAAGACCAUACAGACCGGCUGGAAGGACUAUUUGCGGCGCAAGAAUGAAAAGGAGCGCUCCAAUUCCGGCGACAGUGCCACUCAAACUUCCAGCCCCGGAGGAUGGCAAUCGAAGCUCUCGGCCCUCAACUUUUUCCACCUGCAGGUUAGUCGUCGGGGAACUGCCUGCUCCAGUCGUGCCUCAUCGCGGAAGUCUUCACGUGCCUCUGAUGGCUCCGAUCUGAGUGAACUAGCCGGGCCCUGGCUGAAUUUGCCGCUGAUGCUCGUCUCGGGGGCCGAUGAUGUCGUUAAGGAUAUUAAGCAGCAGGGCGAUGAGAUGGGCAAACGCGGUAGCAUAUUUGUGGAAGCGCCUAGAGCAAGUCGUCGCCGAAGCUUUUAUAAUUUCUUUUUGCGUCAUCAGGAUGCUGUCGAUGACAGCUUAACCUCACCUUCAGUACAUAGAAAAACUGCUAUAAAUACCACGACCAACACCACCACCUCAGCCUCUGUGUCCGCCAGCGUUUCUGGUGCGGCCUCCGCCACCUCAACUGCGACAGCAGCAUCCGCCACCGACAGCGACAGACAACAGGUGGUGGGGGGGCCGGCUAGCUCACGUAAGCGCGCCUCUAGUUUCAUACGCAAGAAACCCCCCCUUGAAAGAGGUUUGUCAGCACAAAGCGCUUUAAGAGUUAACAAGAACGCAUUUGUCUCGGAGGGACCUGCCCCCGAGGUGAUUGUCACGCGGCCAUCGCCGGAUCAGCAGACGCAUCCGCACAUGCAUGCCCUCGGCCUGCGACCGGACAAUGCCACACUGGUCCAUGUGCUGGUGCAUCGCGAGAGCGAGGAGUACAAGGAGGAGGACGAGGGCAGCCUGUCCUCUACUGGCAAUGGCAAUGGCAACGAGAAGCCCAAGCCGCCGCAGAUACGCAUCAGCACGGGCUCGUCGGAAAGCCACAUGGACACGUGUCUGAUGCCCACCGUGCAGAUAAUGGUGGACAGUCCCAAGGAGCCGCCACGCGGCGAUUUCAGUACAGAAUUGGCUGCUUCACCGACAGCCACAGCGAUCGGUGUGGAGGUGGAUCCAUCUCCCAUCGAUGUGAAUGUGCAGGGGGACACAUCGCAGGUGUUCUACGACUACAAUCCCGACAAGGCAACUGGCAACGAAAUUAUCGAAAUGGACACACUCGCAGAGGAUGAGACGGAGACAUUAGCUACAAGAGAAAGCGAAGCCGAUUCACUUCCAGCCCAGGACCAGCAGAGAUGACCUUCGGUCAACAGUGGGCAGCAGGAUUCCAGCAAAAGCGGCAGCAGCAGCAGCAGCAGUAGCACCAGCAGCCGGAUCAGUGUCUGCUCCUCAUCAACAUCAACAUCCUCUGCUGUCGCUGGUCGGCGUCCAAGUUGACAACCUCCAGCCUGAACGCGAAUCCGAUGCCGAUUACUGUGUGCAUUUGUCUCUGAACUCGUAGUUUCUUAGGCUUAGGCUUAGGCAUAGGCGGGGCCGGGGUGCCCCUUUGUUAUCAUAGUCGAUUACCUAUAUAUACAUGCAUACAUACAUACAUAUAUAUAUAUAUAUAUAUAUAUAUAAGUCGCUUUAUACGAUAUAUACACAUAUACAGAUACAUAUACAUAUACGGAACUAUCCAAAUUUAUAUACAAUAUCAAUCUACGAUGGCCAGAACAUGCAGGAGGUGGAAAAGAAAUCAAUAUUAAACUCUGUGUUAACAAAAACGUGCAUUAACAAACCGUACAUUGUGUACACGUAAAGUACGCUAAUCAAAUCAAAAAAAAAGAAAACAAAACAAAAAAAGCAAGAAUCCAGAAUCAUAGAAUAACUUAUCACAAUCGGAAUCCGAAUCGGAGAAAAGGGCAAAAUGUCAAUAGCUUACCGGCCGUUCGGUUCUUAGUCGUAGUCAUACCGGGGUAUUUUCUUGGAUAUUUUCGAAGGUUGUCUUACAAAAAGAUUGGCAUUGCAUGCCUACUCGAGCAUUCAGUACACACACUCACAUUUACACAUACAAACGUGCAUAUGUAACAAACUAUCGCGGUCGGAUCUAGGCUCAUAAAAGUAGAUUUAUUUUCUCAAUUAAUGAUACAUACAUACAUAUGAAUAUAUUUUGUACAUAUGCCAAAGGAAGUAUUUUAAACUAAUGAGCUAAUACUAUACUUUUAGAUAUAGGGGAUAGAUAACCUUUACAUAGCGUACGCCGUACGAGGUCUUAACAUACGUACAUAUAACAUUAGUUAGUGCAAAUUUAAUGAAAUAUUUAUAAAGGUUUUUCGUUACGACUACGAUAACGCAUACAAUUACCGAUUAUCAAUUAUCGAUUAUCGAUUACCAAUACGAUUACGAUAGCGCUAGCGAUAACUAUAAACGAUUAUUAUCCAUUACCGAUUGUUCGAAGUACAAAGGCGAAGUAUUAGUAGAUUUGAUUAUUAUGUACUGUACAUACGAGUAUCUGGUUAUCCACACCCACACACCCCAUCAACUUACUCGUACACAAGUCUCUCUCUCCCUCUAUACAUCUCUCUUCUUCAGCAUACUUCAGUAAUAUCUUAAGCCAUAGAACAAUGUCAAGUGAAUCCAAUCUUAAGCCCAUUCGGGAAAUUAUAUAUCCAGCCAGCACAAGUAUCGAACUCGAAUUGAAUCGUAAUCAAACCAAACCAAACCAAAUCGAAAUCAAUCAGCAAUCAGCCAGAUGAACCGCAGUCCUACCUAACGAAUAACUUUUAUUGUUGUGAACUAAUGAUUAGUUAACUUAUUAUAUGAUUUAGAGUAGCUUAAAUCAAAACCAAGUUGCAACAAUUGUGGUCUCCUAUGAAACAAAAGAACAAACCAGUAAGCUUCCACAACAACUCUAUUUUAACAUAAUGAUUUACACUUUACACCCAUGGAAUGUACGUGACUUCUUUGUACAACUUUGAUAGGGGUUUGUUUGGGGGCCCGGGGCCAAGUUUCCAAGAAACUUGCCGUGUUUUUGUUACAUUUUAAGUGUUGUUCUCUCGCUCUUAAGUCGUCAUUGUGAUCGCAUUAAGUUUACACAUCGAACAGGAUUUUUGGGGUAUGAUUAUUUACGAUUAUUAUGUACAUACAUAGUAAGUACUAUACGAGGAAAACCGAAACCGAAGUACACCAGCAGCCUCCAAAGCAGCAGCACACACUCCUCUCGACUUUACUCUACACUUACUCUUAAUCUAUUUCCGAAACCUAACAACAGACAAUCAGACAGCGAUUGAUAGUAAAUUGAAAUUCUAUGGUACCAACUAAAUCGUUUUCUCCAAGAACAUACAAAAUAACGUACACACAAACAAAUUAAUUGUGAUUUUAACUGCAAUUUUUACACAGAAACGCAAAAAAUAACAAAAAACAAACAAAAAUGAAACAAAAGCAAA